AGAUAAUCCAAAAUGGACGUGUGCAGGUGGCAGAUUUCUUGGAUAUUUGGUUUUUUCUUGUUUUUAUCAGACGUAAUCGGAGAUUUCGACAGGAGAGAUUAUAUGAAGCGAGAACACACUCUUGUUAAACCAUACUCUGGGUCAGGAUUUUCUGUGCCACUAUGGGACUUUGUAGGAACUACUAUGGUUACAAAUAAUUAUGUACGAUUAACACCAGAUUACCAAAGUAGACAAGGAGGAAUAUGGAAUACUUUACCGUUAAUGGUAAAAAAUUGGGAAUUACAUGUCCAUUUUAAAGUGCAUGGCAGUGGAAAGAACCUGUUUGGAGAUGGUUUUGCAAUAUGGUACGCAAGAGACAGAAAUCAAUUAGGUCCAGUAUUUGGAAAUAAGGAUUUUUUUGUAGGACUAGGAAUUUUCUUGGAUACAUACAGCAACCACAAUGGACCUCACAAUCAUGAACACCCAUACAUUUCUGCCAUGGUGAAUAAUGGGACAUUACACUAUGACCAUGAUCGUGACGGUACACACACAGAGAUAGCUGGCUGCGAGGCUAAAUUCCGCAAUAAAGAUUACGACACUUAUGUAGCUAUCCGAUACCAAGACGAAACACUUAAGGUUUCCACAGAUAUAGACAAUGAAAACAAAUGGAAGGAAUGUUUUGUUGUCCAUGGAAUCAAACUGCCAACAGGGUAUUAUAUUGGUGCUACUGCUGCCACUGGUGAAUUAGCAGAUAAUCAUGAUAUUAUUUCUAUGAAAUUAUAUGAAUUAGAAUCUUUAAAGAAGGAAGAUUCUUCGGAGUAUACAGGGCUGCCAUCUGCUCAGUUCUUUGCCUCUCCCAGAGAUCAUGUGGAGGACCCAAAAGGUGGUUUCAUGUCAGGCAGUAUGUCUGGGUGGAAAGUGUUUAUCAUCAUCGUCAUAGCAAUCAUUGGUUUAGCCGUCUGUGGAGUGGUGGGCUAUGUGGUAUUCAAUAAAGAUGCUGGCUUCAACAGCAAACGAUUCUACUAAUUCUCUCCUGUAAUUGGGAGGGAAAAGUUCAAAGUGCAUUAUCUUUAAAUCUGCAUUCAAGACAUUACUAUGUUUUAAUUUUGCAGCACAUCUUAGUACUGUUACUUGAUGAUAUACAUUAAUAUUAUGUCUUUAUGCAGCAAGAAAAUAAUUUGUACAUAUUUGGUUUUUGGGGUUUACGUCAGCUGGUUUUCAUAAAUUAAGAUUUGCAACUACUGACAUUCCAUACUGAAUACUGUAGUCAAAUAUCUUUUGUACACCAGUUUUAUAUACCUGCAGAAGAAAACUCUUUUGAUGUUAAAGAAAAGAUAAACAUUUUUCUUUUGUAAAAUACUGUGUAAUACUUAAUUGCUUGUACAUACAUGUAAUACAUGUAUGUAUGGUAAUUUUGUCUCUUUAAUGAUCUUGGAAAUCCCUUUCUACAAAUUAGUUUGAACGACAACUUUUAAUUUUUGUGAACAUGUUGUGAUGCACAAUUUUCAUGUGCAAUAUUGCACAGUUUUCAUGUGCAAGAUGUGAAAUUUUGUGUUAACAAAUUUAAUUUCUACCAUGGCCAUGCUGAAGAGUUUUUACAAUUUUUCAUCGGAGCCUUUCUUUAUAUUGCAUUGUCACAAAUUAAUGCUCUUCAUAUUUAAUUUUACCAUUUAUUGAAGUUAUUAAAACUUAAUCAAAAUACCUUGUAUUUCAAAUUAUAAAGUCUAUAGAAAUCUUUUCCUACAUAAAACUACUAUACAUAUAUUUGAUACUUGCAAUAAAUGUUGUUUAAUGAAAAACCCAUCCACUUACAAAGUCAGAGAGCUGUUUUGUUUUUUUUUAAAUUCCACCCAUGUUUGUAUGUAUUCAAGAUAGUUUUACGCAUUUUAAAUUCUGUUUAAAUGCAAAUGUAGGAAAGCAUGUGGAUUUAAGCAUUCAUUCAGUUAUAUAAAAAACUGAAAAGAUUGUAACCAACCAUAGUCUUGAUGAUAAACAUAAUGUUAUAAAAUAUUUAUGUUAGUCCAAUCAUCAUUGAUCAAGUUUUUUUCCAUGUUCAAAGUGAAAGCAGUACGUAAACUAUGUUAUUAUGUCACAUGAUUGUUCUGAUCUUGUAACAUGCCAAGUUGCAAAUUUAGGACAUGUGAAAUUGAAAAAAAGUCCUCAAUUUUUUCUACAUUUGAUCAUCAGUAAGCUUGCAUGUACUUUUGGGGAUUGGGGAAUAUUGUUCACUUUCUGAUAAAAACCAUUAUUGUUUGUGAGGCUUGGGAAGCUUUUACAUUGAUAGUCUUGGCCAGAAAAUGACCGGUUAACAGAAGAGUGUCCUUUCCAAGUUCUUUAGUUCUUUUGUUUUUCAAUUGUUUAUUUCAUAAAAACUCUACUCUUAUAGAAAGACAUGUUUGGUUGUAUAAUUAUGUAUUAGUUUUUGAUUAGCUUUGUUUUGAUGUGUGUACAGUACAUGCAUAUACAUGUACUUAAAAUUUAAUAUUACAUCAGUACAUGUACUAUUCAAUCUUGUGCCAAUAUAUUUGUAAAAUCAUUAUAAACAGUUUAUAGCAAAUAUACAGGUUAAGAGUAUGGUUAUAUCUAAUACAAUAUUUUUGAAGAGUGAAAAUUUUGUAGUUCAAUACAAGAUUAACAUAAAUAUGUAUUCUGUUAUGUACAUGUUUGUACCGGUAUCUGUUAAUGCAUGUAUUAUGCAUGUUUGUCUGCAAAACGUGUUUAAAAAAAAAAACUUGAGAAAAAUGAAUUUACUAAUGUCUCAAUAUCAUUUCUAAUGUUGCAUGCCUGAAAAGUUAAAAACUUUUUUGUAUGAAUUAGAUGAACUUGAUUUUGGUGAUGUAUAAAUGUGGGAAUAAGGGACAAUGAAUAAAUGAGUCAUGUGUUGUAGUUUUCUACUUGUUUAAAAACUGAAUGGAAGUAUGAAUUAAUCAUAUUGAUUGUGGGAGAAAAAUUUGAUGAAUAAAUCUAAUUUGUUUUAGAGAA